GUGAAGACGAAGCUGCUGUUCAACCCCUCUCGUUGCUGGACACAAACAUGUCUACCCAAUUCCAGGCUCCUCCUCUCGAGGUCUCCUCUGUCCUCCACGGCGGCUACCACCAUCCUCUGGCGCGCAAGUGGCAGAACAAUGGUCGCAAUCUCAUUAAGGAGAUGUUCAUGUACCCAAUCUUUAUUUCUGACGACCCGGAGGCUGAGCAGGUGAUCGAGUCCCUUCCAGGCCAGAAGCGCUGGGGUAUCAACAAGCUCGAAGGCUUCAUUGGCCCUCUUGUUCGGAAGGGUCUCAAGAGCGUCAUCCUUUUCGGUGUCCCCAUGGAAAUGAAGAAGGAUGAACGUGGAUCGCCCGCCGACGACCCAGAGACUCCCGUCAUCAAGGCCCUUCAGCUUCUAUCGGCGAAGUUCCCGCAACUUUAUCUUGCCUGCGACGUCUGUCUCUGCGAAUACACAUCGCACGGUCACUGCGGCAUCUUCUCCACGCUCCCUCCUCCGAAUCAUACCAGCAUGCCAACACUCGAUGCCGAGGCGUCUCAGCAGCGUAUCGCUGAGGUCGCGCUUGCGUACGCGAAGGCCGGUGCCCACUGCGUUGCCCCAAGCGACAUGAUGGACGGCCGUAUCAGGGCGAUCAAGAUUGCUCUUAUGCAGAACGACUACGGGAACCGUGUCACCCUCAUGAGCUACUCGGCCAAGUUUGCAAGCAGCCUCUACGGCCCGUUCCGUGAGGCGGCGGGCAGCGCCCCGUCCAUGGGUAACCGCAAGUGCUACCAACUUCCUCCUAACGCUCGUGGCUUGGCACGUCGUGCAAUCAAGCGAGACGCUGCGGAAGGUGCCGACAUCCUGAUGGUUAAGCCUACCCUCCCGUACCUGGACAUCGUGUCAGACUGCGCCCAGCUCGAGCCUGACCAUCCUACGGCCGUGUACCAGGUUUCCGGGGAAUAUGCCAUGGUCGUUGCGGGUGCCGAGAAGGGCGUGUACGACCUCAAGGCUAUGGCCUUCGAGACGUGCGAAUCAUUCGUUCGAGCAGGCGCCUCGAUCAUUCUCUCCUACUUUACUCCGCAGUUUCUGGACUGGCUCGAUGAGGAGCGCUCUGAGUAGAGUUGAAAUGCUAUCUCGCCAUCUCUCAUCAAAGGGUUGUGUCUCUAAGUUUCACUUAUGGAUGUAUGGGCAGACCUCAACUUGGCAGUCUCCCAAU